UAGUGGCUUUCGAACAAAGUGAGCAGUACUGAAAACAUAUGGCUGAAUUAGCUUUAGUUAGAAUCUCUUUGAAAUUAGUAUGGGGACUAAUCGCUAAUCGAGCGAUCGCUCGUUUAGAAACUGGAAAUCCAACCGAUGAGAAGUUAAGGCAACUUUUACUGAGCGAAUUCCGCAAACUUCACGAGGAACUCGAUGCCUUGAGACGGAAAGAGCUUGUCGCUGCGACUGCUUUUAUGGAGAACGCUUACGAAAUCUUGAACGAUGACCCAGGAGAAGCAAUAAAAGAGUUUAACAAAGCGAGAGAUGCAGCUCAAGUCGCCCUUGGCGUGGUAAAGGAGCUGCACGACAAAAUUUUAGCAACUAAGAUUAUGAUCGCGUCCGCCAUUCACGAGUUUGUGGAUAAACCUGACGUCGCUGCCUCAUUGUGUAUGAAAUAUGUAUCUCGCCUGAACUCCCUUCCUAUGGUCGCAAACGCUUCUUGUGCUCAGAUUUCACCGAGAAUGGGCACUAAAUGGCGUUGGGGAGGCAGCGAGGCGAGGCAGGAAUUGCUGGGUAAAAUUUCAGAGAUUAACCGUUGUGUCAGGCAUUUCGUUACAGAUCAAACCAGUGGUAUUAAAUAUUUAGAAAGUGACUGCUCGCACAUCAAUGUCGAAGGAAGACUGGUGAACCCUGUGACCGACUUCAUCUUGUUACGAAGUUGUAUGGAACUCACUGCUUUGAAAGAGGGUUUUGGUACGCCCAUUUGCAUGGUGGUCGUGGAGAGCAAGAUGUUCUUUGCUCAGACCCAGGCUGCCGUCUCGGGAAAGAGAGAUGCUUUCCUGGGCAAUGCCAUCAAAGCUUUAGAUCUGGAAACUGGUUCUGUGUCACAGCUGGUUGGUCAUGCCGGAGUGGUCUUAUGCCUGGCUGUGGCUGGGUCCCAUUUGGUUUCGGGAUCAUUUGACAAGAAUAUCCUCAUUUGGGAUGCAAACUCCUGCAAGUGCGUACACAUUCUAACUGGUCAUGAGGGUUCAGUCCGGUCAUUAGCAGUGAAUGACUCGCACAUAUUCUCUGGUUCUACUGAUUGCACCAUCAAGGUUUGGGAUAGCAUCACAUUUCAAUUGCACCACACCCUGGAGGGGCACAGCGCACCCGUUACAGCCCUGGCUGUUUCUAAUCGGCAUUUGUUUUCUGCUGAAGUCAGUGGACCAAUCAAGUAUUGGGACUUAAAGAAAUUCACAUGCUUGCAUGAUAUUAAAUCCCCUGGGAAUAUCAGCAAAAUGCAUAUUUUAAACAGCAAUUUGCUUGUGGCAUUUGAUCAGAAACUGUCAGUCAUCAAUUUAGGGAACUUAAGAGAAGUUGCUAUUACUAAACACCCUGCGGAGCUCGCCCUGAUUAUUGAUAGAAAUCUUUGUACAGCAUCAGAAUCCACUCUAUCAUCACUGGAUGUACAUAAUAUGAACAUCAUUGGAUUAAAGGCUUUCAAAGAUAGCGAUGUAUUGUACAAUAUCAAGUGCAUGCAUUAUGAAGAGAUGACAGGCUACUUGUAUGUCACUGCUUUGUGUACCACAGCCAAUUCCAAGGAAAAAUAUGUCGUAUUCAGACUUUAGUGCGGACCUCCUUCAAUCCAUCAUUGCAUUAAUUUAUUAAUUUGGGUUGUCUCAAUGUAGAAAAUUAAAAAUUGUGAAGUUGGGUCCCUAUCUGAUAAAAGGGGUAAGUUUCCAAAGAUACUCUGGUGCUGUAUCGGUGGGGGGCAUUGCAAGAUUUUUUGGUUUCAUCAAUUGAGUUGAUAAUGUAAAUUGGCCACCAUUAACAGUCCCUAAACCUGACACUUAAGUGUUAGCUCUUCAUUAGCGCAAAUGAUAAAAGUCAGCUUUAGGAACUCUUUACAGUGGUCUACUUACAUUACCAACUCAGUUGAUAAAACCAAAUUAUUUUUAACUGAUAAGCUCAUUUACUGUUUUGCAAACCAAAUGGAAAAUGGAACUCCAUAGUUUGGUAUGGCAGGCUACUAUCAAUUUUUAUCAUUGCUUUUUUGGCACAUGCAACAGACUUCACUGAAAAUGAGGGAUUACUCAUAGUGUUUCUAGGUGGUUUACUAUUUCACUAAGACAUAAUGGCACAAAAUUAAAACUUCACUGCAAGGAUUAUUUCAAGACAUAACAUAACAUAACAUAACAUUUAUUCAGAAAGCUAGAACGCAAAUGUAAAAAAUACAUCCUGAAAAGGGAAA